CGACCAACUCGCAUUGGUUGUGCGCCUGAACACUCGGCCCAUUCAACCAGCUGCAGCCCGUUGAUCUUCAGGGUUGCUUCCCCCUCCCUCGCCGACCAGAAAUCAAAACCCAAAACCGAAAUCAAAACCAAAUUUUCGUCUUCUGUGAAACAACAAUCCCGACAUUCCCACUGCUGUCCGUCGUUGCAUGCGAGCACGAUAGCGGCAAUCCCCAACCCUCACCCGACGACAACGACGACAGCAGUGUUUGAUGAACCUCUGCAUGGGGAUGGCGCACUCAAAACCGCAGCAGGAAACUUCUGCCGCAACUGAUGGAACGACUAAUGGUGCAGCGGCGACCACAACGAAGCGGAAAGGCCUCGUCUCCCGCCUGCGCAAGAAGUUCAACCUAUACCAUCGGGACAAGAGCGCUGCUACAGCACCCGCUCCCCAACCAACACCACCGGCGAUAGCGCCAACCGCCGAGCCCACGACGACUGCGGAAACUGCGCAACCUGCCGAUGCUGCGACGACAACGGCGGCGGCGGGAAAUCCGAAACGAGGCGGACGGCGCGAUGUGGUACCGGGGCUCCCAAGGAAGCCGACACUGCAGCGCAUCCAGAGCGAGAAGCGAGAGCGAUUGAAGCCGUACGAACCGCCCAAUCACGAGCGGCGCGCGAGGACCGGGCCACCGGCGACGAAUAAGAGCGGACGGACAUCGUCGAGGAGUCUGCAGCCCAUACAGUCGCAGUCGAUAGCGUCGCUUGGCGAGCAGAACGAGGAGGAAGGCACCAGACGGAAGAGCGAGCCCAUCCGGAGCAUGUUGGAUGUGGAGGAUGACGAUGAUGAUGACGAGGAGCUGGUGCUCGUGGACAAGGAGAAGGAGUCGAAGAAGGAGGUGCAGCCGGAGGAGGCUAAAGCGCUGGAGCUGGACAGCAAGGUGAAAGCGGAGGACACUACGCCGGCGCUGCCCGGUGGGGGGGAAUCGGCGGUUUCGCCCAAGAUUGCUCCUUUGAGCGACCCCCGGGAAUCGGAGCCGCAGAUCAUCUCGGCCUCGGAGGAGGGACUGAGCGAUACGGAUUCGGACAGUUGGGCUCCGAAGGAGGAUAAGGAAUCGCCGUUGGUGAGCAAGGAGGUCGAGGAGGAGAUGGAAUGGCGCUGGAUUCUCAAUCUCAGCAUGCAUUUCCGCGACGAAUCGAACCGGGAAAAGUUCUUCGUCACGUACGCGCAGGAAAGGAACAUCCGACGUCGUCUCACGAUCUCGUGCGAUUACCGGAACGCGGAGGAGGGGACACUGGAGAAGGAUCUGUCGAGCCUGAGGUUUCAGCGCGACAAGAGCGCCAAGAUCUACGAGUCGAUCCGGGAAUCGCUGCAAGAUAUCAUGUUCUACGACACCAUCACGAAUCUGAAGCUGCAGACGAGCGAGGGACGGUUACACGUUCACGUGACCGAGGAUGUCAACGAGAUCAUUCCGUACCCGCCGAUGAAUGCGAUCGCGCAUCUGCGGUGUCCCAAGUACCGGGAAUCCGAAUUGGAAUUCGAUUCGCACCUUUCCGGCUUCGUCUACAAGGUUGGAGUCGGGGGCGACAUCAUGAUCAAGAAGGAGAUCCCCGGCCCGGAUACGGUGGAUGAGUUCCUCUACGAGAUCAAUGCGCUCUACGCGCUUGCGGACUCGGACAACGUUAUCCAGUUCGGUGGGUGCGUGGUGGACGACGCACGGCAGAAGGUGAAGGGGCUGCUCAUCAGCUUUGCAUCGCAAGGUGCGCUAAUCGAUAUCCUGUUCCACCAGCGUGGAAAGCUCCCCUGGGCGCGACGCGAGAAGUGGGCGAAGCAGAUCGUUUCCGGUCUGUCGGAGAUCCACGAGGCCGGAUACGUGCAGGGCGACUUUACGCUAUCGAACAUCGUAAUCGACGAGCACGAUAACGCGAAGAUCAUCGACAUCAACCGAAGAGGCUGUCCCGUGGGCUGGGAGCCCCCCGAGAUCACGGCCAUGAUCGAAGGCUUGCAACGCAUCGGAAUGUACAUCGGCGUCAAGUCGGACGUGUUUCAGCUCGGGAUGGUACUCUGGGGAAUGGCACACGAGAUGGACGAGCCGGAAUCCAUGUCCCGCCCGUUGACCAUGGAUCAGGCUCCGGAGGAUAUCCCCACGUAUUUCCGCGAGAUCGUUGAGGCGUGUCUCUGCGACAAACCGCAGGGACGCCCUUCGGCAAAGGAUAUCAUCGGUCUCUUCCCUGAGAGGAUCGAUGAGGCGCCGCAUAUCGUCGAGUCUUCGCGUCGUGAUGGGAGACCGCUACCCGGUAUCACCAGCUGGAACCAGGCGAAUGGGUAUUUCCCCGAAGUGGCGGGCUCGGAGAAGAGCAAGCAGCGCACAGUGCUCAAUGGAGAGGCCCUGGAAUCGUUGAAUUCGGCUUCGCAUCAUGGUGCAAACCCCGUUUUCCUGCCGUCGCUGAACCAUCAGGGUAGCGGAUACGUGGUUGCCCCCCCAUUCGACGACGAACCUCUCUCGCCCGGCACGCAAGUUAUCAUAGCGGCGCCUAGCGAGUCUGAUUUCUCCAGCAUUGGUGACGGGGAGAGGAUGCCCAAUCCCGUAGUCUACAGUGUCAGCAGCCUAGGCGGCGUAGAGUUAGAGCGUGGCGACAGCGGCGGCGGCAGUGGCGGCAGCGGCGGAAUCGAAAUCCGGAGCUCGCGAGCCUCCGGCGUCAUCAUACCACCAGAGGAGUACUUGGCGCUCCUCUGCGACGAGCGGGAACGACUCAGCUCCGGCGCGACGUCGGUCCCGCUGGAACCCGUCAGCGAACACGACAGAAACGAGGCCGGUACCCCGAGACCGGCCACUGCACGCAAGGACAACUUUGCGGACGAAUCGGGGAAACGCAUGGAGAACGGAAACGGGAACGGGAACGGACACCAUACCAACGGAAACGGAAACGGCCACUCGGGAAACGGCCACUCGAGAAACGAGUGGGAAGAAAGUCCGCCGCUGCGAGCGGGCGCCGCUACACCCGCGACCGAAAUCCUCAGCUUCGAGGACGCCAAGGAGAGCUUCACGCCCACCGAAGAGCUAGAUUUCGAUGUAGCCGCGGGAUAUGGCGUGCGCGUGGCCAGCACCCCUGUGUAGACUAAUAAAUUACUUACUUGAGAGCGUUUAUUUUGUUUUGUUUUGUGUGCUUUGCUGCGAG